AUGGCUCGCUCAUAUGCUAAGGCUCGGCGUAUGCGUCACAAGUCAGGUUCAUCUGAUAAACCUCUAACUUCAUGUAACCAAGCCUCUUUCAUCGGAUCAGCCUGUUCAGCCAUCGGUGUUAAUGAUGGUUCCGGCUCUGAUACUCCCUUCACUCAGUCGUCUUCAUCUGCCGCCAAGUUUACUGUUACCAGCCCUAAAUUAGUGCUGAUAGAUGCCGGUAGAAUCAACUUAGACUCUAUGGACAGGGACUUUUCCGGUAGUUUCUGCGUUUCUGAUUUCUCUGGUAAUCGCAAUUUUACUCAUUGCGGAUGCAAUUUAGCCCAUUCUUCCUGUACAACCUAUCCACCCUCUAUGGCGUCUCCGGGUUCAAGCCCGCUGGAGGUUCUCGACCUGGACUCUGCUAACACUAACUUGAUUGGUUCUGGGCUUUAUGGUGAAUCGGUAACAAGUUCAUCUUCCUAUAGAUUGCCUCCAUGCUUGGGUAUAACACGGAAGCACAAGAAACUUUCUGGCACUUCAAGUUUCUGCUCCUCGACCGACCAUACCUCCUUCGUUGAGGGUGAUGAGGACAGCUUCUGUGUUGAUUGUGUGGAGAAACAGAGGGAUUCCCAAAUAGUUAGAAAAGUCCAAAAAGCCAGCUUAACCCCAUUAACCAAGGUUUCCACUAUACUGGAUGGUUCAACUAUGGAUACGGGCCCACAGCAGCUUCAGCAACAGCAGCUUUAUCAACAGCAACAAACAUGCCACAAUGACUCAGACACACCUGAGGUUAAACCAAUAUUGGAGUCUCCGCCUCGGAAGCUCCAGCGUUUCGUAGACCCUCUCGCUCCGGAUUUGGUCGCAUCUUCUAUUCCAGCUCCUCCAAACUACGAUCGAUACAUCGCAUUGAAGUCAACUAUGGAAAUAAAAGUGACGGAGAAAUCUUCAGUGGCGACUACUUUUCGUCAGAACGACGGCGGCCAUCGGAUGGAGGAAGUAAUCGCAGGCUUAACUCAUCUCAACGUUGUCCCAGAGUCUAAGGCUCUAGGCGAGGAUAAGACUGGUAAAAGCAUGAUACUGAUCAUUUAG